AUCAAUGUCCGCUCCGUGUUAGCUUGGAACUCAUGUUAGCCAGGCAAACAGUCAAGGUGGUUUUAAUCCUUUUCUCUUUUUAAAUAAGUUCUGUCUGUCUGUUUGUAUAUCUGUUUGUCUGUAUGUGUCCAUCCCCGUGUAUCCGUCUGUCCGUCCGUCCGUCCAUCCAUCCAUCCAUCCAUCCAUGCAUCCAUCCAUCCAUCCAUCCAUCGCAGGACCAGAAUUCACUGUGUAGGCUAGGCUGGCCUUGAACUCACAAUUUUGCCUUAGUUUCCUGAGUAUUGGGAUUGUAGUGGUGCACAGCCAUGAUUAGCUCAGGAUUGCUCUACUCUAAUUUUAAAUUGAGCCUCAUUAGGAGUUCGGUGUAAAAAAUAAAGUAUAUGAGAAUAUAAGUUCCUGUAGAAUAUAAAUGAUGUUUCUGACAUACUUAUUUAUGUAAAAGUUAUGAAGUUCUGUGAAUAGGAGGCUUCUUAGUGUAUUUGAAAGAAUUUCGUUUUCUCCUGUCUUCUUUUUGCUUUCACUCUGAGCAUACAUACCCUGUCCAGUGGCCUUAGUUACUAUAUACACUGACUUAGAAACCUGCUUUUGGUUAGAGCUGUAAACCCUUAUUUGAAGAGGAUUUAUUGAUCACUUACUGAGUUCCUAGCCUGGCUGUAGGUAGUAGGUGAUUACAAGGAGGAAAACAAGAUGCUGGGAAGUCACAAGCAUGCAAAGAGGGCAAGCGGAGUUCCAGGUAGGGAGGGAGUGCAUUGUUUCAGAGAAUGAAGCACAGGGAGCCACUGCUGAUUACUCAAGUCCCCACUAAGCACAGGACUGCAAGGGUAAGCAUCAUAAAGAGGAAGUGUGCUCAGGAGAUCAGUAUGGCUGCACAAAUGAGUGAGAAGGAAGUUAGGUGAUUUGGACGGGUAGCUACCAGCAAGUCCUGUAGGUCACAAUGGAUCUUCAGUACCUAGGAAAGGGGCUUUGAUUGGUUAGGACUUCAGAUUUAGCUUCUGUGAGAUAGACACAUUGGAGUCUUUAAUAAAGUGGCAUGACUUGGUGGGUCUUAAGUAUACUGGCUUCUGUAAUGCAGACAGGAUAAUGGAAGUCUUUCCCAGUGGUUGGGCAUGGGCAAAAGCAGACCAGCGUGGGAUUGCUAGGGUAUGGCAGAUGUUGGCUUGUGUCAGGGUGGAAGUGGGAGAGAUGGUAAGAGGUGACCUGAGCAGCUGGAUGGACAGUGAUGCUGUUACGAAGAUCAGAACACAGGAUGCAGGUACAGAGAAGUUAGGAGUUCUGUGCUGGGGGCCAUGAGACGGCUCAGUUUAAAGCGCUUGACAUGGAAGCCUGGCCACCUGAGUUUGAUUUCUGGGAUCCAUGUACAGGUAGAAGAAAAGUUGUUCUCUGUGCGCCACAUGAACACCCAUGCAUACACACAGAUAUACAUUAAUGAACUAAAAAGAGGAGGUAGUGGAGGAAUGAGGAGACAAGCCUAGCACUCAGCUGAAGUUGAGUAUUUGGAAGUGAUUAGCAUUUGUGUGGGGCUUAAUACUUGUACACCUGUAUGACACCUUGAGGAGAAAAACUGAAGAAAAACACUUUUAGGAUUGGUCUUCAGAUUGGAGAUGAAGAGGACUGGCAGAGGGACUAAGGGAGUGGUGAAAGGGGUGGGAAGACUGGACGAGCGGGCGUUUGCAGAUGCUGAGUACGGAUGAAGUUCACCGGGAGUGCUCAUCGUCUAAAGCUUUGUUAGGGCUUUGUGGACCCCUUCCCUGUUUCUUAGAGUGGGUGUCCUGUUCCUAAACUCCCAGGACUGUUACUGUUUAUUGAAAUUGUGAUAAAGAUGCCUUCUAUAUGUAGCUUUCAAGUCCUGUCCCCAGGGCUGAUUAUGUCUCAGCGCUUGUUGUAGUACCCUGUAUGGUUCUUCAUGUUGUUAGCCGGACACUUCACACUUAGUGUUUUACAAAUAUUCUUUAGCUGGGUAUGGUGGUCCCAGCAGAGGUAGACAGAUCUCUAAAAGAGCUUGAGGCCAGUCUGGUCUACAUAGCAAGUCCCAGACCAGCCAAUACUAUAUGGUAAGACCCUGUCUCAAAACAACAACAAAAACCAAAACCAAAACAUCUUCCUUGUUUUUGGUUAUAUGGAAUUAUAUUAUCUCUAACCAGGUGUCCUGAUGACUCACUGUAGUGAGAGUGGCCAUGUGAAGUCAUUCUCAGGAACCUAACUUGCCUUAUCUUUGCCGAACAGUAGAGGAUUAUCUACUUUUUCCCAAAGAACCAAAGGACAUCACAGUCCCCUGUUUUCCUAUUUCUAUCACAUUCUUUUAGACUCUUUGGGUAAAUUAUUAAUCUAAUGAAAGACUUUCAGGAUGUUAAUCAUUGAUAGUCUUUCCUAAUUAUCUUCUAAGAAUCCCGUCUCCAGUUUUACAUCUCUUUAUUCAUGGUAACUGUCCAUUAUCAAAUACUGAAGUCAGUAUAUCAAAUGCCACAUGAAGUCAAUGACAAUAAACAUUGUGUUAAACACAGGGUCCUUUACUACAUGCCAUAACCAAGUAAUAAGUUCCGUUCCGUUCCGUUCCGUUCCGUUCCGUUCCGUUCCGUUCCGUUCCGUUCCGUUCCGUUCCGUUCCGUUCCUUUCCUUUCCUUUCCUUUCCUUUCCUUUCCUUUCCUUUCCUUUCCUUUCCUUUCCUAUUUUCCUCUGAGACAGGGUUUCUUUGUGUAGCCUUGGCUAUCCGGCAACUAGCUCAGUAGACCAGGCUAGUCUCAAACUCAGAGAUCCACUUGCUUCUACCUCCCAAGUGGUGGGAUCAAAGCUGGAGAGGCAGUUGCAUGAAGAUGAAGAAUUUGCAAGAACACUGGCCUUGUUGGAUGAAGAACCUAAGACCAAAAAGGCUCGAAAGGACUCUGAAGAGGGAGAAUCAUUUUCACCUGCCAAAGCUGAGUUAAGCAAAGCAGCAAAGCAGAAGAGCCCUGCUAACGAGCAUUUCUCAAUUGGAAGAAAGACCUACAGUCCUGCUAAGUACGGCAAGGGUAGAGGCUCAGAAGGCACCAAGCAGCCCUGCAGAUCAGCUCACCAGAAGGAAGCCUGCUCCUCUCUCAAGGCCAGCUCCAAGCUGGCUCUUAUGAAAGCACAAGAAGAAAAUUCUUACAAAGAAACAGAACUGCUGGCUGCAAAAAGAGAAAGUGCCAUUGAGCCCAAAGGAGAGAAAACAACUCCUAGGAAAACGAAAGGCUCUCCAACUAAAAGAGAGUCUGUAAGCCCAGAAGAUUCUGAAAAGAAGCGCACCAAUUAUCAAGCUUAUCGAAGCUACUUAAAUCGAGAAGGUCCCAAAGCCCUGGGCUCCAAAGAAAUACCCAAGGGAGCUGAAAACUGCUUGGAGGGCCUGACGUUCGUGAUCACCGGAGUGCUGGAGUCCAUCGAACGAGAAGAAGCCAAGUCUCUAAUUGAACGUUAUGGGGGGAAAGUAACAGGAAACGUGAGCAAGAAAACCAGCUACCUCGUCAUGGGCCGGGACAGCGGGCAGUCCAAGAGUGACAAGGCAGCAGCUCUGGGAACAAAAAUCCUUGAUGAAGACGGCCUGUUGGAUCUGAUUCGAACUAUGCCGGGCAAAAAAUCCAAGUACGAAAUCGCUGCUGAGGCUGAGAUGAAGAAAGAAAAGUCCAAAUUGGAGAGAACACCCCAAAAAAAUGAUCAGGGAAAAAGAAAACUUAGUCCAACCAAGAGGGAGUUGGAGCCUAAAAAGAGCAAGCUGACUCCCCUUAAGCACAGCCCUCGGAAGGCAGUGAAGGAGGAGGAACGUGUGUGUCCGAGGGGCUUGGACGCCAAGGAGCCUCAUGGCAGCCACAGUGCCAGCAGAGAGGAGUGCCUGCUCUGGGUGGAUAAGUACAAGCCCACCUCACUCAAGAACAUAAUCGGACAGCAGGGUGACCAGAGCUGUGCCAACAAACUGCUACGCUGGCUCAGAAACUGGCACAAGAGUUCUCCAGAAGAGAAAAAGCAUGCAGCAAAAUUUGGCAAAGUUGCCAGCAAAGAUGAUGGCUCCAGUUUCAAGGCAGCACUGCUGUCUGGCCCUCCAGGUGUUGGCAAAACCACUACAGCUUCUCUUGUGUGUCAGGAAUUGGGCUACAGUUAUGUGGAACUAAAUGCGAGUGAUACUCGGAGUAAGAACAGUCUGAAAGCAAUUGUUGCUGAGUCAUUGAACAACACCAGCAUCAAAGGCUUUUAUACAAGUGGAGCAUCUCCUUCUGUAAGUGCGAGGCAUGCUCUCAUCAUGGAUGAAGUUGAUGGCAUGGCGGGCAAUGAGGACAGGGGUGGAAUUCAGGAGCUAAUAGGCCUGAUAAAGCAUACGAAAAUUCCCAUCAUUUGUAUGUGCAAUGAUAGAAAUCACCCCAAAAUCCGCUCAUUGGUUCAUUAUUGUUUUGAUCUUCGUUUCCAAAGACCUCGAGUUGAACAGAUUAAGAGUGCAAUGCUGUCUAUUGCAUUUAAAGAGGGAUUAAAGAUCCCACCUCCAGCUAUGAAUGAAAUAAUUUUGGGAGCUAAUCAAGAUGUCAGACAGGUUUUACACAAUCUCAGUAUGUGGUGUGCACAGAGUAAGGUCCUAACCUAUGACCAAGCCAAGGCUGAUUCUCAGAGGGCCAAGAAGGACAUCAGAUUGGGCCCAUUUGAUGUCACCCGGAAAGUGUUUGCAGCUGGAGAGGAGACUGCACACAUGUCACUGAUGGACAAAUCGGAUCUCUUUUUCCAUGACUAUUCCAUUGCACCCCUCUUUGUCCAGGAGAACUACCUCCAUGUAAAGCCUGUGGCUGCAGGGGGUGACAUGAAAAAGCACUUGAUGCUUUUAAGCCGGGCAGCAGAUAGCAUAUGUGACGGUGACUUAGUGGACAAUCAGAUCCGGAGUAAGCAAAACUGGAGUCUUCUGCCCACACAGGCCAUUUACGCCAGCGUUGUUCCUGGAGAGUUGAUGAGGGGCUACAUGUCUCAGUUUCCCAGCUUCCCAAGCUGGCUGGGAAAGCACUCGUCUACGGGCAAGCAUGAUCGGACUGUUCAGGACCUGUCCUUGCACAUGAGUCUUAGAACUUACUCCAGCAAAAGGACAGUGAACAUGGAUUACCUGUCACACAUCAGAGACGCACUUGUACGACCCUUGACCUCACAAGGAGUAGAAGGGGUUCAGCGUGUUGUCACACUUAUGGAUACAUACUAUUUGGUGAAAGAAGAUUUUGACAACAUCAUGGAAGUUAGCAGCUGGGGGGGCAAGCCCAGUACCUUUUCCAAGCUGGACCCCAAGGUGAAAGCAGCCUUCACAAGAGCCUAUAAUAAGGAGGCCCACCUGACCCCAUACUCACUUCAGGUGGUAAAGGCAUCGAGGCCCAGCAUAGGUCCAGCACUGGAUUCUGAGUACAAUGAAGAGUCACAGGAAGAUGCCACUCAGUCUGAUGAGAAAGAGCAGGAUGCCCUAGAGACUGAUGCCAUGAUCAAGGUAGUGUACUCAGCGCUCGGCAGGGCACCUCAGAGGAGAUGGGCUCCCUUCUGUGUAAAGUGCCAUGGGGUAGUAAGGCGUGCUCCGCAGGUAGUGUGGUGAGGUGGAAAGACAGUCAUGUCCUGCUCGGUUUAAUUGAAGGUGAUAGGAUAGGCCUCAUUUUUUAUUAAGUGAACUUAUGGCAUGAAAAUAGGCCAUCAUAGUUAUGUUGUUCUAUAGGAAGAGUACAUGUACACAUGUGUGUGUGUGUGUGCAUGUGUAUGUUCAAGCACAUGUGGAACCUAGAGGUCAAGUGUCUUUCUAUUUCUAUCUAGUUUUUGAGGCAGAGCCUCUCAGUGAACCCAGAGCUUGCUCCUUUGGCUAGAUAGCUAGCCAGCGAGUCCUUAAGGUCUGUCUGCAUGUGUCCCCCUCCCUAGCACUGAGGUUAGAGAUGUGUGCUGCUUGCCAUGCCUUGCUUUUGUGUGGCUGUUGAGGAUCUGAGCUUAGGUUUUGAAGCUCAUGCAAGAAGUGUUUACUGGAGUCAUCUCAGAUGCCCCAGAAAAGCACUGUAAGUAUAAGCAUAUAUUAGUAUAUGCAUGUAUUAGUAUAAGCAUAUAUUAGUAUAUGCAUGUAUUAGCAUAAGCAUAUAUUAGUAUAUGCUUUUCAAACCACAGGUGCAUUAACAGAAAAACACUUUCAACCUUUCGCCUACUUUUGUUUCUUGUGUUUUGUGGUAGCCAUGAAAUUGCAUAUAAAAUUUUAUCAGAGUAAAACUGUUUGUCUUUGCUAGUAGAGGUUAGAUGGGGCAUGGAAUCCUGAGACAGGGGCAUAGCCUCCUCCACCUUUCACUUUGUCUUCCUGUGUAGCAUGCCUGUGGAGACAGAGGCCUUUUGCAAUUGAAUUGGCUUCCUCUCUCUUCACAGAAUGACUGUGCUUAGAUGUCCUGUGAGAGAUUUAAAGAAAGGGAAGUUCCUCACUUGUUUGUUCUGGCUUUCCUAACACUGUGUUCUAAAUCCAGGAGCCUGGCUCACUCGAGGUGCAGCUUAGCUCCUGUGCUGUUGCCGUUCAGGGCUGAAAACUUGCUUGUCAUUUCUCAGAGGCAUUGGCGUGACCUCGCUUUUCUAGUUAUAUUGUAGGGAAAGGUUACGUUGGUGUGUCAUUACUCAUCAGGGUAUUAACUGUGUGUUUCCUCCAGCAGAAAAAGACGAGAUCUUCAAAGCCUUCAAAAUCAGAAAAAGAGAAGGAGUCCAAAAAAGGAAAAGGAAAAAAUUCGAAGAAAUGAAGCCCUUGUUCAUUACCAAUAACUGCUUUUAACUUACCCUCUCGACUAAUUCAGCUGGUCUAGAGACCGAAAGCCUCACCCUUUGCCAGAGUAACAGGUUUGGUGUAGCACAGUGGAGUGGCCUGGUGGUCUCAUUGUAAAGGACGGUACAGCGAGAAGGUCUAUAGCCAGCUCUCGUGCACCUCUUAUAGAGGAGGACAGGACUGUCUCAGCCCUGCAGUGCCCUUGCCAACUGUUAGACUGCUGGGACUCGAGGUGACUUAAGACUCAAAAGUAGAAGUGCACAGGUGUUGGAGUCAGAUUUUAGUUGACCAUACCAAGACUGGGUGCAGCAGGACUGAGGCCUCUUCUGUAGCUUAAGUCUAUCCCAGUGGCCUUAGAGGGCCAACGCUUAAGUUUAUUCCAAUGGCCUUAGAGGGCUGAUGCUGUUUUUUUGUUUUUUUUUUUUGUUUUUUUUUUUAAAAAACAUGGUAGCUCUUAUUUUAUGGUCAAACUGUAAAUAAACCUUAAUCCAAAGCACCCAUCAGCUGGAGCCGAGCAUUCUUGGUCUGUAGUCAGGUAUCUCGCAAAGAGUGCAUCAGGAAUCAGGUGUCCAUGUGAUGCAUGGGUCACUUUUGUCACCUUGAAGAGCAAACUAUUAUGCUGGUAUAAUACUCUCCUUAUUAAUUUGGUUGGAUUACAAUAUUCAGCAUUUCUUACUAACUCUGUGAAUUGCAGUUCUGCAAGUGAAGGGUCAGAGCUCAAGUUCCCAGCAUCCCUUUGCACUGACCACAUUGCUGCUGUAGGUAGUCUCAGGCCACUUGGCUAGUCAGGGUGAGUAGACACGGGACUGCUACACAUUCCUGUCCCCGUGCAGUCUUAACCCUCAGGUUGAAACAGAGUCUAGGCUGGGUCAGACCCACAGGCUCAUUCUGGCCGGGAAAUGCUGUCCUGUGAUGGCGUCUAUAAGCCCUACUGGAAUUUCAGAUUGUGUCUAGAACUGUGCUUGUUGAAGGACCCUGAGCUGUGGCCAUAACCUGGCCUUUAGCUGUUUAGUUCUUUUUAAAUCAGAAAGUGCUCAGAGGUCUAUGCUGCCUCUGUGAGGUAAAUGCCAAAAAGAAUAUAAAGGAAGGACCAUGCUCUGUCUCUGAGGACUCAUGGCAUUGUUGGGAGACGAGACCUGGAGACGUUGAAAGUGUGUUAACCAGUGGAGUGUGUUUCGUGGAGAUCGGUUCAUUAUGGAAAUAAAACACUGCUUAAGCCUGA